AUGCUAAAGAGGAAACAGAGUUCAAGGGUGGAGGCCCAACCAGUUACAGAUUUUGGUCCUGAUGAAUCUUUGUCAGACAAUGCAGAUAUUCUGUGGAUUAACAAACCAUGGGUACACUCAUUACUACGAAUCUGUGCCAUAAUCAGUGUUAUUUCUGUUUGUAUGAACACCCCAAAGACCUUCGAGCAUUAUCCUCCUCUCCAGUAUGUGACAUUUGCUCUCGAUACUCUAUUGAUGUUCCUUUAUACUGCAGAGAUGAUAGCAAAAAUGCAUAUCCGUGGCAUAGUUAAGGGUGAUAGCUCCUAUGUAAAGGAUCGUUGGUGUGUGUUUGAUGGAUUCAUGGUCUUUUGUCUUUGGGUGUCCCUGGUUUUACAGGUGUUUGAAAUUGCUGAAAUAGUUGAUCAGAUGUCACCUUGGGGCAUGUUGCGGAUUCCAAGACCACUCAUUAUGAUUCGAGCAUUCCGGAUAUAUUUUCGUUUUGAGCUGCCAAGAACCAGGAUAACAAAUAUCUUAAAGCGUUCUGGAGAGCAAAUCUGGAGCGUUUCAAUUUUCCUUCUCUUUUUUCUCCUCCUGUAUGGAAUCCUGGGGGUGCAGAUGUUUGGAACUUUUACAUACCACUGCGUGACUGAUGACACACAGCGAGGAAACGUAACCUGGAAUAAUUUAGCUAUCCCAGACACCCACUGUUCCAGAGAGCUAGAAGAAGGUUACCAGUGCCCACCUGGAUUUAAAUGCAUGGACCUUGAAGAUCUGGGACUAAGCAGGCAAGAGCUGGGCUACAGUGGCUUUAAUGAGAUAGGCACAAGCAUAUUUACUGUUUAUGAAGCUGCUUCUCAGGAAGGCUGGGUGUUCCUUAUGUAUCGAGCAAUCGACAGCUUUCCCCGAUGGCGUUCAUAUUUCUAUUUCAUCACCUUAAUUUUCUUUCUGGCCUGGCUUGUGAAGAAUGUUUUCAUCGCAGUCAUCAUUGAAACAUUUGCAGAAAUUAGAGUGCAGUUUCAGCAGAUGUGGGGAUCCAGAAGCAGUACCACCUCAACUGCCACCACCCAGAUGUUUCAUGAAGAUGCUGCUGGAGGUUGGCAGCUUGUGGCUGUUGAUGUGAAUAAACCCCAGGGCAGAGCUCCUGCAUGUCUACAGAAAAUGAUGAGGUCAUCAGUGUUUCAUAUGUUCAUACUAAGCAUGGUGGCUGUAGAUGUGAUUGUUGCUGCUAGUAACUACUACAAAGGAGAAAAUUUCAAGAGACAGUACGAUGAAUUUUACCUAGCUGAGGUUGCUUUUACAGUUCUGUUUGAUUUAGAAGCUCUCCUGAAGAUCUGGUGUUUGGGUUUCACAGGAUACAUCAGCUCAUCUCUUCACAAAUUUGAGUUACUACUUGUAAUUGGAACCACUCUUCACAUUUAUCCAGACCUCUAUCACUCUCAGUUUACAUAUUUCCAGGUUCUUAGAGUAGUUCGGCUUAUAAAGAUUUCUCCUGCUUUGGAGGAUUUUGUGUAUAAGAUAUUUGGACCAGGAAAAAAACUUGGGAGUUUGGUUGUAUUCACUGCCAGCCUUUUGAUUGUAAUGUCAGCGAUCAGUUUACAGAUGUUUUGCUUUGUGGAAGAACUGGAUAGAUUUACAACCUUUCCACGGGCAUUCAUGUCAAUGUUUCAGAUUCUCACACAGGAAGGAUGGGUAGAUGUCAUGGAUCAGACACUGAAUGCUGUAGGACAUAUGUGGGCACCAGUAGUUGCCAUUUAUUUUAUACUAUAUCAUCUUUUUGCUACACUGAUUCUACUCAGUUUGUUUGUUGCUGUUAUUCUGGACAACUUGGAACUUGAUGAAGAUCUGAAGAAACUUAAACAACUGAAGCAAAGUGAAGCAAAUGCAGAUACAAAAGAGAAGCUUCCACUGCGUCUACGCAUCUUUGAAAAAUUUCCAAACAGGCCACAAAUGGUGAAAAUCUCCAAGCUUCCUUCAGAUUUCACAGUUCCAAAAAUAAGGGAAAGUUUUAUGAAGCAGUUUAUUGAUCGCCAGCAACAAGAUACCAGCUGUCUGCUGCGAAGACUUCCUUCAGCGUCUUCUUCCUCAUGUGACCACUCUAAAAGAUCAGCAAUUGAAGAAAACAAAUAUAUUGAUCAAAAGCUCCGUAAAUCUGUUUUCAGCAUCAGAGCAAGAAAUCUUCUUGAAAAAGAGACAGCAAUCAAUAAAAUUUUAAGGGCCUGCACUAGACAACGCAUGCUGAGUGGGUCCUUUGAGGGGCAGCCUGCAAAGGAAAGGUCAAUACUUAGUGUCCAGCAUCAUAUACGACAAGAACGCAGGUCACUAAGACAUGGUUCCAACAGCCAGCGAAUCAGUAGAGGAAAGUCUCUUGAAACGUUGACUCAAGAUCACUCCAACACAGUGAGAUACAGAAAUGCACAGAGAGAAGACAGUGAGAUAAAAAUGAUCCAAGAAAAAAAAGAACAAGCUGAAAUGAAAAGGAAAGUCCAAGAAGAGGAGCUUCGAGAGAAUCAUCCAUAUUUCGACAAACCACUUUUCAUUGUUGGUCGUGAGCACAGAUUCAGGAAUUUCUGCCGAGUUGUUGUACGAGCUCGCUUUAACGCUUCUAAAACAGAUCCGGUUACUGGAGCUGUGAAAAAUACCAAAUACCAUCAGCUUUAUGACUUGCUGGGUUUGGUUACUUACCUGGACUGGGUCAUGAUCAUUGUUACUAUAUGCUCCUGCAUUUCCAUGAUGUUUGAGUCCCCGUUUAGAAGAGUUAUGCAUGCUCCAACACUCCAGAUUGCUGAAUAUGUUUUUGUAAUAUUCAUGAGCAUUGAGCUUAAUCUGAAGAUUAUGGCAGAUGGCCUGUUUUUUACACCAACAGCUGUCAUUAGAGACUUUGGAGGAGUUAUGGACAUAUUCAUAUAUCUUGUGAGUUUGAUAUUCCUGUGCUGGAUGCCUCAGAAUGUCCCUGCCAAAUCCGGAGCUCAGCUCUUAAUGGUACUCCGCUGCCUCCGACCUCUUCGAAUAUUCAAACUGGUCCCUCAGAUGAGGAAAGUUGUACGAGAGCUGUUUAGUGGAUUUAAAGAAAUCUUUUUGGUUUCUAUUCUUUUGCUGACAUUAAUGCUUGUUUUUGCAAGCUUUGGAGUACAGCUAUUUGCUGGAAAACUGGCUAAAUGCAAUGAUCCUCACAUCAUCUCUAGGGAAGAUUGUCAUGGCAUCUUCAGAAUAAAUGUAAGUGUUUCCAAAAAUCUCAAUUUAAAGCUAAGACCUGGAGAGAAAAAGCCUGGAUUUUGGGUGCCACGAGUCUGGGCAAAUCCUCGGAAUUUUAAUUUUGAUAAUGUGGGGAAUGCAAUGCUGGCACUAUUCGAAGUUCUUUCAUUAAAAGGCUGGGUGGAAGUCAGAGAUGUUAUUAUUCAUCGCGUUGGGCCGAUCCAUGGAAUCUAUAUACAUGUUUUUGUAUUCCUUGGCUGCAUGAUUGGACUGACCCUUUUCGUUGGAGUUGUCAUCGCUAAUUUCAAUGAAAACAAGGGGACAGCUUUACUGACUGUAGAUCAGAGACGAUGGGAAGAUCUGAAAAGCAGACUGAAGAUAGCACAACCUCUUCAUCUCCCACCUCGUCCGGAUAACGAUGGCUUUAGAGCUAAGAUGUAUGAUAUAACUCAGCAUCCAUUUUUUAAGAGAACUAUUGCUGUGCUUGUUCUGGCCCAGUCAGUGCUGUUAUCAGUUAAGUGGGAUGCUGCAGAUCCAGUGACUGUGCCUUUAGCAACGAUGUCUGUUGUUUUCACCUUCAUUUUUGUCCUUGAGGUCACAAUGAAGAUUAUUGCCAUGUCACCUUCUGGCUUCUGGCAAAGCAGAAGAAAUCGGUAUGAUCUCUUGGUGACAUCUCUUGGAGUUAUAUGGGUGAUACUUCACUUUGCCUUGCUGAAUGCGUACACAUACAUGAUGGGGGCAUGCGUAAUUGUCUUCAGGUUUUUCUCAAUUUGUGGGAAGCAUGUGACACUGAAAAUGCUACUCCUGACUGUGGUUGUCAGCAUGUACAAGAGUUUCUUCAUCAUAGUGGGAAUGUUCUUACUGCUCCUUUGUUAUGCUUUUGCUGGAGUGGUUUUAUUUGGUACAGUGAAAUACGGAGAGAACAUUAAUAGACAUGCAAAUUUUUCGUCGGCUGGCAAGGCUAUUACUGUACUCUUCAGAAUAGUUACUGGAGAAGACUGGAACAAAAUUAUGCACGACUGCAUGGUUCAGCCUCCAUUUUGUACACCAGAUAAUAGCACCUACUGGAAAACAGACUGUGGAAAUUAUGCUGGUGCUCUUAUGUAUUUCUGUUCAUUUUAUGUCAUCAUUGCAUACAUCAUGCUAAAUUUGCUUGUUGCUAUCAUUGUGGAGAAUUUCUCAUUGUUUUACUCAACUGAAGAAGACCAACUUUUAAGUUAUAAUGAUCUUAGGCAUUUUCAAAUUAUUUGGAACAUGGUUGAUGACAAGAGAGAGGGAGUAAUUCCUACCUUCCGAGUGAAAUUUCUGCUGAGACUUCUGCGUGGCAGGCUGGAGGUGGAUCUUGACAAGGACAAGCUGUUGUUCAAGCACAUGUGCUAUGAAAUGGAACGGCUGCAUAAUGGUGGUGAUGUCACUUUCCACGAUGUGCUGAGCAUGCUUUCAUAUAGGUCUGUGGAUAUCAGAAAAAGUCUUCAACUGGAAGAGCUGCUUGCUAGGGAACAACUGGAAUAUACCAUAGAAGAGGAGGUGGCCAAACAGACCAUACGCAUGUGGCUGAAGAAGUGCUUAAAGCGAAUUAGAGCAAAACAACAACAGUCGUGCAGCAUUAUCCAUAGUCUACGAGAGAGUCAACAGCAGGAGUUGAGCCGAUUUCUGAAUCCUCCCAGCAUUGAGACAACACAGCCAAGCGAAGAUAUGAAUGCUAUUAAUCAAGAUAACAGCGCGCAGCCAGAGACAAGUAGCCAGCAGCAGCUCCUUAGCCCAACGCUUUCUGACAGAGGUGGCUAUCGACAAGACUCUGCAGAUGCUGGGAAACCUCAGCGGAAAUUUGGACAGUGGCGUUUGCCAUCAGCCCCCAAACCAAUAAGCCAUUCUGUGUCUUCAGUCAACCUUCGCUUUGGUGGACGUUCAACUAUGAAAUCUGUCGUAUGCAAAAUGAAUCCCAUGUCUGAUGCUGCAUCUUGUGGAUCAGAAGUCAAGAAGUGGUGGACAAGACAAUUAACUGUGGAGAGCGAUGAAAGUGGAGAGGACCUACUUGAUAUCUGAGAAAGAUUUAAGUAAGAUUGCAACAACAACCACUUCAAACACAAUCUAAUUUUCUAUGUUUAGAAUUGAACACACUGUAAGUGAUGUACGAUUUAUUUAAAAUCAGUGUCAUAAAAUCUUUCAAUUGCUUAUCCUUCUGCCAUAUGAAACAUAGCACAUACAUGUUAGAGUUCACUUCUAUAGGUAUUAACUGUACUUUAAGAAACCUGUAUACAAUAGCACUACUAUUAA